CGGCCGCCCCUUUCCGGAGAGCACUUUGUCUUACUUGCCCCCCACGCCUCUCCUAUCCCCCUCCCUCCUCCAGCGCAGCCGUUCUCUUCGCCAGGGCCACUUCCUUCUUCAGCCUGCUCCUCCUCAGGGCGCGGAAGCUGAGAACUCGGUUCAGACCCACGCGGCAGGCAUCAGCUCUUCAGUGAAGAAAGAAGCAACCAGAGAGUCAGCAAUGAAUGUGGAUCAUGAGGUUAACCUCCUAGUGGAGGAAAUCCAUCGCCUGGGUUCCAAAAAUGCUGAUGGAAAGUUAAGCGUGAAGUUUGGGGUACUAUUCCAAGAUGACAGAUGUGCCAAUCUCUUUGAAGCACUAGUUGGAACUCUGAAAGCUGCAAAACGAAGAAAGAUUGUUACAUACACGGGAGAACUACUUUUGCAAGGGGUUCACGAUGACGUUGACAUUGUAUUGCUGCAAGACUGAUGUGGUUUGCAUAUUGUGGUAUGUUUGGUAAACUGGAAUAAUUAAGUCAAAAGACAAGCAUAAGCUUCAUUAUAUGUUUUUAUAGAACUUUGUAAACAAAGGGGACUCAUUGAGAAGUCCUGUUUUUAUACCAUGGAAAAAAAAACAUUACACUGUAAAAUAAGCAAAACCUAUUAUUUUUCUUAAGGUAAUUGGGAAAUGUAGGAAAUAAAACAUUUUUGGAGGUGUGAAAGGGUUUUUGUCUUCUUAAAUCAUUCUUAGACAGUUUCUACAGGCACUUGACAUUUUGUCAAAGCAGGAAGCAAACCGAAGACCAGCUGCCAUGAGGAAUGUUACGUUUAUGUAAUAAAAACAUGUAAUUGCCUAUAAA